GGGUCUCUGCUGGGUAAUGAGGUGUGUCAGGGCUCUGCAGCCUCCCAGGCCUGGCGUUCCCCUGCCUGAGCUCCCCGUGGUACAAACGUGUCCCUGCACGGUGCCAAACGGGGCGCUGGGGCACGAUCUGGGGACAGCCCGUAGGUGGUGGGGGUUGUUUAUCCCCCAGGUCCGGAAGCGCUCUGCUGGGAAGGAAAGGGAGGGGAGAGUCAGGGCUGUUCCCAGCGCUGGAGUGGGAGGAAUGCUCCCAGCUGUACCCUAAGACAUCCCCGUAUGAGUGGUCCCAGUUAUCCUCAGCCUCCAGCAUCACCCCUUCCAACUCUGUCCCCAGCUCCGUGGUGGCUUUGCAGUGACUGGGGAAGCUCAGGGACCCACAGGUGACCCGGGACAGGAGGGACAGUGACAGAGUGUGGAGGGGACGUGUAAGGAAGCAGCUCCUUUGCCCUACAAGUGUGGUUUUCCUGGGGAUUUCCUGGCUGAUGGAGAAGGUGCAGAGCCCCAGGGAGCAGCUGGAGCGGAGACACGGCCAUCACCUGCCCCAGCACCCUCAUCCCCAGCCUGGGGGACACAUCCAGCACCUGUCCUGACUGUGCCAGCACCCUGUGAGGAGCCAGUGGCACCACCAUGUCCCAGGCAGGAGGUACAGCAGAGCCCUGGGUGUGUCCCCAGGGAGACACAGGGGACCCCAGUGAUGGAGCUGAGGAGGCCUUUGAACACCGUGACGUGGUCAUCAACAGCCAGGACAAGGUUUCGGAUGUGUACACGCAGCUGGAGAAGCUGGGGCAGGGGAAAUUCGGGACCGUGUACCGGCUGCAGGAAAAGGCCACUGGCAAAAUCCGGGCUGGGAAAUAUUUCCGGACACGCACGGCGAAGGAGAAGGAGGCGGCUCGGGCCGAGGUGGAGCUGAUGAACCUCCUGCAUCAUCCACGCCUCGUGCAGUGCCUCGACGCCUUCCAGGGCCCCACCGAGCUGGUGAUGGUGAUGGAGUACGUGGAGGGUGGGGAGCUCUUUGAGCGCAUCGUGGAUGACGACUUCGAGCACACGGAGCCCAGCAGUGCCCAGUACGUGCGGCAGAUCCUGGAAGGGCUGCAGUUCAUGCACGGCCAGGCCAUCGUCCACCUCGACCUCAAACCCGAGAACAUCGUCUGCGUCAGCCCCGGCAGCCACUGGAUCAAGAUCAUCGACUUUGGCUUGGCACGGAAGCUGGCUCCAGACACCCCCGUGAAGGUGUUGCACGGCACUCCUGAAUUCAUGGCUCCAGAAGUGGUCGCCUUUGAGCCCGUGAGCUUCUCCACAGACAUGUGGAGCGUUGGCGUCAUCUGCUACAUCCUGCUGAGUGGGGAGUCACCCUUCCAGGGGGACACCGACAUGGAGACACUGAGCAAUGUCACAGCUGCCCAGUGGGACUUUGAGGAGGAGAUCUUCUCGGAGAUCUCCCAGCAAGCCAAGGACUUCAUCAGCCAGCUGCUGCAGAAGGACCCCCGCCGGCGGCUCCCGAGUGCGGGGGCUCUGGUGCACCCCUGGCUGCAGCAGCCCCAGCCCAGCAGCCCCAAGGCGCUGUCCAAGGAGAGGAUCAGGCAGUUCCUGGCACGUCGGAAGUGGCAGAAAACAGGGAAAGCCCUGCUGGCUCUCAAGAGGCUGACCCUGCUGUCCCAGAGCCCGGAGGGGAAGGCAUCAGAGGCUCAGGAUGAGGAAGGCCUGGAGAAGGAGCAGCCCUCUGGGGCUCUGCCCCAACGAGGUCCCAGCCCCUCGGAGCUGCUGACGGAGCAGGAGGAGGAGGAGGAUGGUGGGAGCAUUGCAGCCUCAGGGCAGUGACAGCGUGGCCCUGUCCCCCCCAUCCUGGAUCACCUGGAGAUGAUGGGGAUGGUGCCCCCUCCAGCAGCUCCCACAGUGCCCUGGCCAGCCUGGCACAGACCCAGACCCCCUUGUGGGUGAGCUCUGGGGUCCCAAGGUGUCCCUGCAAGGAAUCCAGGCACCACCAAUAAAGCACUGACAAUCUCUGCAC